CGAAAACACCGCCCCCGGAAGUGUCUUAAGCGAGGGGGAAAACCGCGCUGCCAGAGGAUUCACUACUAUGGGCCGCAACAAGAAGAAGCGAGUUGGCGACGACCGGCGGCCCCGGCUUGUUCUUAGCUUCGACGAAGAGAAGCGGAGGGAAUAUCUGACAGGCUUCCACAAGCGGAAGGUGGAGCGGAAGAAGGCAGCCAUUGAAGAGAUUAAACAGCGGCUGAAAGAGGAGCAGAAGAAGCUCCGAGAGGAGCGCCACCAGGAGUACUUGAAGAUGCUGGCAGAGAGAGAAGAGGCGCUGGAGGAGGCAGAUGAGCUGGACCGACUGGUGACGGCAAAGACAGAGUCGGUCCAAUAUGACCACCCCAACCACACAGUGACCGUGACCACCAUCAGUGACCUCGACCUCUCAGGGGCCCGGCUGCUGGGGCUGCCCCCGCCUGAGCAAAAGGACAGGUCAGAAGACGAAGUGUCAUCCAUGGAGAAGCCAACCAAAGCCUUACCCAGGAAGUCCAGAGACCCCCUGCUCUCUCAGCGGAUUUCCUCCCUCACAGCGUCACUGCACGCACACAGCCGCAAGAAGCUCAAGAGGAAGCAUCCCCGGUGGGCCCAGGACUCCACCAAGAAGCCUCCGAGUGCCACUCGGACCAGCAAAACCCAGCGCCGCCGAUUGACAGGCAGAGCCCGGCACAGUGGGGAGUGAGACUGAGGAUGAAGGGGUGUCCCAGUCUAGGUUGUGGGGCCUUGCCCUGUCUCAGCUUGGCUGUCCCUGUAAUCAGCCUGCCCUGAAGUGAGGAUUGCACAGCCCAAGGCUGGGAAGCCAGGACCUCUGUGGCCUGAGGUUUGAACCCCAGAAGGAGCAGCAAGCUGAAAGCUGGCCUCCCCCCAGGAGGAGACUUCAGGGCUGGGUUCGGCGUCUUCUGAAAUGUAUAUGCCACCUGGUACUCAUCAGAUUUAUGAAACUCAUCAGAUUUGCGUAUUUGUGGUUUGUCCCUGGCCCUGCCUCCAUACACCAAAGGCAUGCUUCUGGAAAUGGUUGAGGGUUUGUAGUCCAUCUUGUUUCCAGCAAUUUUCCCUGUGUUAGAUCUGGGACCUCUAACCAGGGUUGAGGCCAAUGUGCCUGGUAGAAUCCAGAGCCCACUACUGCUCUGAAUAGUGGACAUGGGGCAGGUGGGUGAACAGUGCCCAGCUCUGCCCUUAACUGGUUCAGCCUCUUGGCUUCACUUCUGGGCCUCGGCAUUCUCCUGAGCUGAAAUGGAAGUGGUGGAAGCAGCUGAGUCCUGAAGCAUUCCCCAUCCCCCAUACUUGCCAGCCUUCCAGCAGCUCUCAGGUGGAGCCCAACAAAGAAGGACUAAUCAAUUCUUACUUUCUAAAUUAUUAUUUAUUUUUUAUUUUCGAGACAGAGUCUCGCUGUGUAGCCCAGGCUAGAGUGCAGUAGCAUCAUCAUAGCUCACUGCAACUUCCAAUUCCUGGGCUGGAGCAAUCCUGCUUCAGCCUCCUAGUGCCCGCAACCACUCCUACUAAUUUUUCUUCUUUUUGUUUUUGCAAUUUUUGGCCAGGGCCAAGUUUGAACCCACCACCUCCGGUACAUGGGGCCGGCACCCUAGUCCUUUGAGCCAUAGGUGCCACCCAAUUUUUCUAUUUUUUGUAGAGACAGGAUCUUGCCAUGUUGCUUAGGCUUAAAUUGUUACUCUUUUGGUUUGGGUUUUUUGUCUUGUUUUUUGAGAUAGAGUUUCACUCUGUCACCCUUGGUAGAGUGCCAUGGCAUUAUAGCUUGUGACAACCUCAAACCCCUGGGCUUGAAUGAUUCUCUUGCCUUAGCCUCCCGAGGAGCUGGGACCAUAGGUGCCCACCAUAAGGUCCAGCUAGUUUUCUAUUUUUAUUUUUUUCAUUUUUUUUUUCACUUGUGAACCUUCCAAAUGACAUUUUUCUAUUUUUAAUUUUUUUAUUUAAUUUUUUUUUUUUUUGAGACAGUUUUACUUAGUUGCCCUCGAAGAGUGCUCUGGCGUCAUAGCUCACAGCAACCUCAAAUUCUUGGGCUCAAGUGAUCUCUUGCCUCAGACUCCCUAGUAGCUGGGACUACAGGUGCCUGCCAUAACACCCAGUUAUUUUUAGAGAUGGAGUCCUGCUCUAGCUCAGGCUGGUCUUGAACCCCUGAGCUCAGGUGAUUCGACCCCCUUGGCUUCCCAAAAUGCUGGGAUUACAGGUGUGAGCCACCUUGUCUGGCCCUUGUUUUUCUAUUUUUAGUAGAGACAGGGUCUUGCUUUUUUCCUCAGGCUGGUCUCAAUCUCCUGAGCUCAGGCAGUCUACCUGCCUCAGUCUCCCAGGUGCUAGGAUUACAGGUGUGAGCCACCAUACCUGGGUUUUCCUUUUCCUUUCUUUCUUUUUUUGAGACAUGUUCACUCUGUUUCCCAGGCUGGAGUACAGCGGUACGAUUGUACCUCCCUGCAUCUCUAACUCCUGGGCUCAAGUGAUCCUCCCAUCUUGGCCUUCAGAGUAGCUGGGACUAUAGGCACAUACCAUCCUGCAUGGCUAAUUUCUAAAAUUUUUUUGUGGAGGUGGAUUGGUGUGCUUUCGCCCAACAGGCACAAUGUAAGUAAGGGUAUAUGGCACACGUCCUGGGUGAGGGGCACAACUACUACGUGAAUAAUACCUAACAAAUGCAAACAAUGUAACCUAAUUGUACCCUCAUACUCAUCUGAAAUUUUAAAUUCCUACUAAAAUCUUAAAAUAAUGUUUUUGACAUAGGGUCUUGCUAUAUUGCCCAGACUAGUCUCAAAGGCCUAGCCUCAAACGUUCCUCCUAGAUCAGCCUCAGGGUUGCUAAACUACAGGCGUGAACCACCACACCUGGCUUGUUUUGAACACGCAUGGCUUCUAGCUAACAGUUCAAGAUGGCUGCUCACCUCCUUGCCACCCCUUGGCCGUUUGAAUGACUGUGUGCUAAUCCUCUUGACUUGGCCUUAUUUUUUUUUUUUUGAAUCAGAGUAUCACUGUGUCACCCACAUCACAGCUCACAGCAACCUCUAGCUCUUUGGCUAGGGUGAUUCUCUUACCUCAGCCUCCUGAGUACCUGGGACUACAGGUGCCCGCCACAAUGCCUGGCUAUUUUUGUUGCAAUUGCCACUGCUGUUUUAGCUGGCCCAGGCCGGGUCGAACCCGUCACCCUUGGUAUAUGGGGUUGAGGGUCCUACCCACUGAACCACAGGCGCCGUCCUUGACUGGGCCUUAUUAAAAUGCUAUGUGGUCCCUGCUCAGUUAUUCUGCUCUGGGCCCUUCCCAUCUCACUCCUUGACUGCCUGCUACUGUCCCUUACUGGGCCUCAGGUGAGCCCAAAGCCACCAGAAGAGCCUGGUAUUAAAAAACUC